AUGAGCGUAGGAGGAGAGAGGUUGUUCAUAAUACCAAGCAACUUCGUCCAGAUUAUGCCAAAGGAGCCAGUGUUGUGCUUAAGAAAGUCUCAAAGGAUUGCCAAGGUUGUCCCAGCUUCUAUUCGCGAUGUUGCCAUCAGCCUCUCCAACAGCAGGGGAGCUGGAGACAAGCUGUUCGAACUGAAGAGACUUGUACCAUAG